AAUCUCAGAAGAGACAAGAAGAAGCCACACAUCUGUUCAAUGAGCAGGUCUUCCUGACACUACCGACUGUGUUGUCACUCCAGGAAAGGCGCUGUUGUCCACUUCCGCGUAUCGGACGCCGCGACGUGGACCGGAGGAAAUUGUUUUUCUUGUGUCGUCUCCCGUUUGAACGACGACGGCGGAACUCGUCGCAUCUGUCGCUGCCUCAACUCUGCGUGGGCUCAUUCGAAAACACGAUGAGUUUGCAGGAGAUCUUUGAGAACAUGAAGCUGGCCCGUGAAUAUGCUUUGCUGGGAAACUACAACUCGGCCAGUGUUCUCUAUCAAGGCCUGCUGGAGCAAAUCAAGAAACAUAUCUAUACUACACGAGACCCCAGUCUCCAGCAGAGAUGGCAGAAGUUGUGGGAACAAGUUGGCGAGGAGAGCAGCCAGGUUCAAGACCUCCUGUCGACACUGGAGAGCGUUCAACUGGACGCCGUGCCCGUCAAACCAAUUGAACCGGACGAUUAUGACAUCAGGCCCGUGUCCGUUGAACCAAGGCAUUCGCCGUGCCCUGUCAGGCGUCCGACAAACCCUUACAAAGACGGUAAGCCAAUCAACAAUCGCCUCAGUGUGGCCGUGAAGGCCCAGCAGAGGCAGCAAAGUCGCGGGGCCAACGGGGACAGACACAAAGCCCCCAAGGCCAAAACAAAAGAAGCUGCUGGCAAAGCAAAAGACAACAAGAGCAAAGGAGAUGGCCAGGAAAAAGAAUUGAAGUUUGAUGGUACCGGAUAUGACAAAGACCUUGUGGAAGCCCUGGAGAGAGAUAUCAUAUCUCAGAAUCCAAACAUUAAAUGGGACGACAUUGCAGACCUGGGCGACGCCAAAAAACUCCUGAAAGAAGCCGUCGUGUUGCCGAUGUGGAUGCCGGCCUUCUUCAAAGGCAUCCGCAGACCGUGGAAGGGAGUGCUCAUGGUGGGACCUCCCGGCACUGGAAAAACACUUCUGGCAAAAGCGGUUGCCACGGAAUGCAGGACCACUUUCUUCAACGUGUCCUCAUCCACGCUGACGUCGAAAUACCGAGGCGAGUCCGAGAAGUUGGUGCGCCUUCUCUUCGAGAUGGCCCGCUUUUACGCUCCCACCACCAUCUUCAUCGACGAAAUCGACUCCAUGUGCAGUCGAAGGGGGACCUCUGAGGAGCACGAAGCCAGUCGGAGAGUCAAGGCAGAACUGCUGGUGCAGAUGGACGGCGUCGGUGGAGCUUCGGAAGCCGAUGACCCGUCGAAGAUGGUGAUGGUGCUGGCCGCCACCAACUUCCCGUGGGACAUCGAUGAAGCUCUGAGGAGACGAUUAGAGAAGAGGAUCUACAUUCCCCUGCCCUCAGGAAAAGGCCGUGUGGAGCUGCUGCGGAUUAACCUGAAGGAGUUGGAGCUGGCCAGUGACGUGGACUUGGACAAGAUUGCCGAGCAGAUGGAAGGUUACUCGGGAGCCGACAUCACCAACGUCUGCAGGGACGCCUCCCUGAUGGCCAUGAGGCGACGAAUCGAAGGGCUCACGCCGGAGGAGAUCCGCAACAUCUCCCGCGAUGAGAUGCACAUGCCCACCACCAUGGAGGACUUUGAGUCAUCCCUGAAGAAAGUUUCCAAAUCUGUGUCGGCGGCGGACCUGGAGAAGUAUGAAAAGUGGAUCGAAGAGUUUGGUUCCUGUUGAAGGGUUGAGACUGGGCCGGGGGUAGCGUGACUUGCUCUUCAUCUCUGUCUGGGCAUGAGCGAGAAAGGUAAUUUCAUUGUUCUUUUGUACAUCAGUCAAAAAUCUUCCCAUCGUUGUCUGUAUUGUUUUUAAGUUAAGAAUAACUGACGUGCAGACAUUUUUUUUU